AUGGUACACUUUCUCGAUCGAGUGAAAACUGUCCUCCGGAGAGGCAAACGGGGCUCGAUUUAUGCUGGACCCCAGGAAUCAGUAUGGAAAAGACUUCCCGCCAAUGUCUUGGUCGACAUCUUGGCCUCUUGCGAGCUGAAAGACAUCGGAUCAAUGUCUCUAAGCUGUCGAUUGCUGCAUGAUCGAGUUGUGAAGCUGGAAUAUUCAAUUGCUUGGGCAUAUAUUCAGCUCCGUAAGCAAAUUCAUCAACAAGGCCACCCUAUUGAUGGGGUUCUAUCACCCGGGGAUGACAUCGCCUUUAUCUGCGAGUUGUUUCCACCUCCACCACCAGAUUACGAGUCUGCCGUUGAGGAUAACGCAGGAUAUUCCCUGGCUUACCUCGGGGACCUGAAGCGAUGCUGGAAUACUUGCAUUCGACUGUCCCAUCACCUGGCGGAUCAUGUAGUGGAGCAUCACUUGGAAACCGAUUCAAUUGCUCAGCCUAUGUGGUCCUCUUCCAAAACAGAGAAAGAGCUCGUGUACAGUAGAGCCGUGGCAACACUGCAAGCCAAGCUUCUACGCCCCAUGGCCUAUGCGAUCUUCUUCCUUGAAGCCUUCGCCGUUUCGACCCAUGAUUCCCAUCAUGCGCAUCAUGCGCACCAUACACACGACUCGGCGUCGUCUGUCCAAAGACAACAGUCUAUUCUCCAAAAGGCACCCUUUACGGACACGCAGGUCUUCCUUUCGACUCAUCACGGCAUGCACCUCCUCUUCUCAACGGUGCGCCGCCUAAUGGGACCGGAGAUUCCCCAUUCAUCUGCCGAAAGCUGGAUUAGUCUUCUUCUCACCACAUCGACCAUGGAAAGAAUUGUAAACUUCUUCCUUGCAGUCGCGAAAGAUGACCACAGAAAGCAGAAUGGCUCACACGACUCUACAUGGUCUCAUCGCAAAGAAUUCUUGUUGAGAAUGCGACAGGAUCUCAAUGACUAUACGGCAUCAAUGAGCCAUGGUGAACAUAUUGACCAAGAGCCAGAGCUUAAUCAUCUAUGGUUUGAAGCAGCAUCGAAUGAAAUGGAUCGACGAGGGGCAAUCCCGCAUACCGUCGAAGACACAGAAGUACAUAUUCUCCACGGUUCUGUCGUGAAGGUGGAGUGCGGGUCCUGUUAUGGUCGUCAUAACGAAUAG